AUGUCGUCGGAAGCAGGGCCCUCGAGGGUCCCUCCGAUCGACAUGCCCAAGUCCAGCCCAGCAUCGCGACCCCGAGCUUCGUCAAAGUCCAUGCCCAAGUCGGCCGCGGACCCGAUCCUGCGCAACGCCCUGCGAUACACCAUCUCGGCCCGCGAGUACGAGUCGCUGCACAAGUACGUGCUGUCGCGCUCCCGGCUGCUGAGGCGUAAGGCGCCCAGUGUCCACGCCGUCGAAAAGUACAUGGACGGCGGCGGCGGCAGAGAACAAGAUGCCGGCAAGACCAAGGCCAAGGGCAAAGGAAGAGCCGAUGGCGCGUCUUCAGGAGGGAGCAGAGGCGAUACGUACAAUGCGAGGGCCAUCAGACAUGCGCUGCGCUUGUUUGUGGCCACGGGGAUUGGUAUGAAGGCAUAUGAGAUCAUUAUAGCAAGGGUCAAGGGACAGAAAGAGCUACCCACGAACAAGAAGAAAGAGCCGUUCUACAAGUCGUCAACGCUCCGCCUAUCCCUAUCCCUCUCGACCAUACUCCUUCUAUAUCGACUCCUGUUCCGCUUCCUCAACCGCCUGCGCGCCCAGCUCCUAGAUCCCUCUGCCGAGCCCUUCCGAGCGCGCAAUCCCAGAACCACCCAGACCCUGACCUCGCCCUACGCCCCGGCCGUGGGUGCGAGUUUGGCCGGUCUCGCUCUGGGCGUCUACCCAGCCCAGCAGGUACGCGUAUCGGUGGCCAUUUACGCCAUGUUUCGUGCCCUGGAGUUCGGCUGGAACCUGCUGGAGGACGACGGCUUCAUCUGGGGCUGGAAAGCCCGCGUGGGAGGCAAGGGCAUGGUGAAGCGCGAGAGGCCAUGGUGGUGGGGAAGCUGGAUGCUGCAGCCCUUCGCUUUUGGUCAGCUGCUGCACGCUGUCGUCUUUGACCGGGACUGCUCCCCCGUCCCUUAUGUCGACUUUAUAUGGAAGGGAACCUCCGAGUAUCUGCACAGCGCGCCCAAGGAUCUCCCGGCUGGUGUCAAAUGGCCAUCGCCGUGGGAUGUGGCCGACAGUCUGGCGCAGAUGGCCAAGCUCAACUGGCCGCCAUACAUCAGCCCUACCCUUUUCCCUAACCAGGAGACCCUCCCAUCAACGCUGACAGCCAUUGCGCCCCUGACCGCGCAGGCCCACCCUCUGAUCAACUCCUUGAGCUGCGCAACGUUGCAUCCCAAGGAUCCAAGCUGCCUCCGUACUUACCUCUCCUUCUGGGUGCGUUCGUUCCCGCGCAUGGGCCGCUUCUUCCUGGUCUUUUACUCCCUCUUGGUCCUGCCGCGCUACAAAGCUUUGUACAACGCCCCGGUGACGGUGCUCACCCGUCUGCUGAGCCGUACGCUACGCCUUUCCACGUUCGUCACCGGCGCCAUCUCGACUGCGUGGGCCAGCAUCUGCUUCUUCCAGGCCUGGCUGCCCCGUCAUUUCCUACCGACCCAGCGCUUCUUCCUGGGCGGGUUCCUGGCCGGCAUGUGGGGCUUCGUGGAGAGAAAACAGGGCCGCGGCGUCUUCCUGUACAGCGCCCGAACAAGCGUGGAUUCGCUGUGGAAGGUGGGCGUCAAGAGGCGUUGGUGGAAGGCCAUGAAGGGAGGCGACGUGUGGGUGUUCGUCCUGGCACUUGCAAUCACGGGUGCUGUUUACGAGAGGGAUGCACGAGCGAUCCGGGAAGGCACGUGGCGAAAGGGCGUGAGCUGGAUCAGGGGCACAGACUGGCGAGACUGGGAGCUGGAGGAGGAAGACGACGACGAACAGGACGAGAAGCUCGAGUGA